AUGGCCGGAGGCCCCAACAAGGUUCCUGAUGUGAGUCCCCUCAGGGAGGAAAUUUCCAAUUUGUAUGUCAAGAACAAACAGGACAAGUCCGUGGAACAUGAAGAUGUGAUUGAAGAGAGUAUGAUUAUCCGAAAAAUGUGUGGGUUCGUGAAGAUGAAGGUGAGAAGGGAAGAAGAAGAUCCUGACGCCCAUGAUGGGGAAGACGGUGAAGAUGCUCCUGCAGGUGAAGAGGAGUCCGUAGCGGGUGACGAGUAUGAUGAGGGUGAGCAGGGGGAAGAGGAGGAAGUAGAGGAUGAUGAGUGUCUUGAGGAAGUCCCCACUGUGAAAAAGGUGAUGCCGAGCCAGGAUAAGUCCAAAGAUGUAGAGAUGACUGCUUCCCAAGUUGCCGAGACGACUGAAACAAGCACCAGUGCCCAUGAAGUCGCAGUCUCUAAGCCCUCAGACCCAACACUUGAGGGAAACCCUGACCCUUUAGCUUCAGCAGCUACUGAGCCCAAAGGUCAACCAGCUCCACUUACCAACGCUUUGAAGGACAGUGAGACUCCCAGCCAGGUCUUACCAGCGCAUCGUGAUUCUAAAGUUGCAGGAAACGAAGCCAGUCCUGGAUCUGGUUCAAUGCCUUUGUCACAGAAGGGAUCGGACGCUUUUGCUCCUGUGGGCAGUACCAAAAAAGCGGAACUUCUUGCUCAACAGGAGGAACUCAAGCGAAAGUUGGCCAAGAGACGAGAGUUGACGAAUCAACUUUAUCUUCCACCAGUGCCAGCCUUUGCCCCCUCGUCGAAGGAGACGGAGGCAAAACCCAAAGGUGCUGUUCUCGUUUUGGAAUCUCAACCCUUUGCGCCAGAGAAUGCUGACACCCUACCUGUCAACAUCUUGGAGCUCCCCUCCCCUCCACCGUCGAGAUCACCAACAUCCCCUUCCCCGUCCUUGACCAGCGAGCAGCAACGGGCUGCAUACCAGGGACCGGGAAAGUUGCCUCCCACAGUGACGCUUUCGGAAGGGGGUAAGAGUGAACCUGAUGAUGAAGAAGCCACCCCAAGUGAGGUCUUUCCGGAUGGUGUGGCUCCCAUUGAAAAGCAAGAUCAGCUCAAUCUUGGUGGCGACACCACAGGCCGCGGCAGAGGUAGAAAGAAGGAGAUGAGAUCCGAUGAUCAUGAAGACAAAGAGGAAGACCAAGGUGACCAAAGAGAUGUCGCAAUGAAGGAAAAUGAGCCCGUAGCUGCCCCUGAAAAUGCAGAGGAAGGAAUCAAUGAAACACCACCAAAACCGAAGGCAAUUGUGAGGGCAAAGUCCACGGCAAUGCUGACGGCUGCAAAGUCAAAGGCUUCAAAGAAAAGAGCAGAGUCAAGUUGUUGGCAAUGGCAACCGGAGGACAGCGACAGCAAUGCCCCACCUCAGCCGGCCCCAAAGAGAAGAGCAAAGAAGGUACGCAAGAUCAGGGAACAGGAACCGGAGGCUAGGGAGCCCACAGUUGAGCCAGCCCCCAAGAGAGAAGCAACAGCAAAAGCGAAGGCAGCAGCAGCAGCACCGCAGGCAAGCAUUCCUCAAGGCUUCGAAGCUCCAAGCUUUGAUCACCAGGUCCAAGUCAAGGAGAUUAUGGAGUUUGCCAAAAAACUUGAAGAGUUAGACCCUGCGGAUAGUAAAACCAGAGAAACGAUCAGGGGAGAGUUGAUGAAGUUUCCAAACUGCAAGUUGAAUAUCUACUGGACACGUCCUGCUUGUGGUCUUGGGUUGAAGAAGGGUCAAGACUUUGGAUACUACGGCUUCGUGUCCGACACAUGUUGGGCGCAGCGUAUCGCAGUAUGUUGCAAAGCUUGCGAGAUUCUCGGACGCCUUCUUGAGAAGAAGUUCAGUGACAACGAACUCAAGGUCGAGCCUAACGCGAUCCGCAACUGCUCUGACAUUCAGCAAAUGAAAGAAGCCCUGCAAGCCAGUGGGCUACAGGCUCUUGAAAAUUUGAAGGGUCGUUAG